AUGGACACCAACAAGGUCCCACUUGCUAAUCAGAAUGCUGCUAAAACCAACUAUCCCAAGACAAAGGAUCCUAAGCUGGUGAAGAAAACGGCGAAUAAAGAAAAGGAUGCAUCACAAAAUUGCGUUCGAAAAAGGAAAAUACUGUGCAUCAUCUCAAUCAUUGUGAUUUCUUUGCUGGUCAUCGUCGGUAUUUUGCUUCCGACAGUAAUUCUGAAAAAGAACAAAACUAACUCGUCCACGAUGACAACAACGACAGCAACUUCAGAACCAGGUAUAAUACCGAUGAAAGCUGCCAAAGGAAAAGUCUAUGGUGUGUACGAUACAUAUAUAGGUGGCAACAGCACGGAGGCAGAGCCUGGCAGAAAUAGAGGUAACUAUAUGCCAGGAGAAUCUCCAGACAAAGCAUGUGACGGUAGGGUGUCAACUAAAUAUCUCAGUUUUGGGCCGUGUGGGGAAGCGCAUCCUAAAAGUACAACCUGUGGUGUGAAUACUGGUUUUUAUCUCGAGUUAGAACAAGGUUCAACGUUGGUGAAUGGAUUGAAAAUUUGUACUGGCGACGAUGUCUCUGGACGUGAUCCAAUAUUAGUCUCUCUGGAAGGAAGUAACAUGAAAGAAACAGAUCUUACCUUUGGUAGCAGUUGGACGCUGUUGUACAAUGGUACUAGUGGACUCUAUAGAAACCCUGGACGAAAGCAGUGUGGGGAUAUUCUGCGUUUUAACAACACGGAAGAGUACACAAGCUAUCGUUUUCUGGUGUCUGAUAAACGAAAGCCAACGUUCUGUUGUCAGUAUUCUGAAGUGAAAUUAUACAAUUUGUAA